AUGACCCCGGAGGAGGAAGGUUCCCAGGCCAGGCCCCCGGAGAGGGUGCGUAUCCGGGUGGAGGAGCAGUCAUUCUGGGUGGAGAAGGCCUUGCUGCUGGAGAGCAGUGAAUAUUUCCGUGCCCUGUUCCGCUCGGGCAUGAGGGAGAGCACGCAGGAGGAGAUCGGGCUGGGGGAGCUGAGUGCUGCCGGGUUCCUGGCCAUGCUGCGGGUGCUGGAGGGCGAGAGGCCCGUCCUCGGCAGCGAGGAGACCUUCCAGGCCGUGGAAUGUGCUGCCUUCCUGCAGGUGAAACCCCUGGCCAAGUACCUGAUCCACUCCAUCAACUCUGACAACUGCAUCCUGCUGUACCAAGCCGCUGCCAUCUUCGGCCUCCUGGAUCUCUUCCACUGUGCUGCGCUCUACAUCAGGGACAGCUACACCGAGCUGCAGGAGUACCUGGACUGCCUCUCUGGUGACCUGCUGGCCUAUGUGGAAGCCCUCCUACCCUGCACCUUUGUGGCAGUGGGAGCACACACACCUACGUUCGAGUUCUUGGAGGACCUCUCCAGGACCAUCUGCUACCUGGACGAGGAGACUAACACGUGGAGGACCCUCUCGUGCCUUCCUCUGAGUGCCAGCACGUUCCUAGCCGGCAUGGCAACCAUGGAUAACAAGAUUUACAUCGUGGGGGGUGUCUACGGGGCCAACAAGCAAGUGGUGGAGAGCAGCUUCUGCUACGAUGCCGACACCGACACCUGGAGCGAGUUCCCCAGCCCGCACCAGCUGCGCUACGACGUCAGGCUGGUGGGCCACGAGGGCUUCCUCUAUGCCAUUGGCGGCGAGUACGAGAAGAUCUCGCUCAAGUCUGUGGAGAGGUACGACCUGGCCUCCAGCACCUGGACAUUUGUCUCUGAUCUGCCGCAGCCGAGCACUGCAGCACCCUGUGCCCAAGCCGUGGGGCAGAUCUUCGUUUGCUUGUGGCAGCCACUGGACACCACUGUCAUCUACGAGUACGAGACCCAGCAGGAUGUGUGGCUGCCUGUCACCGAGCUCAAGCGGCACCAGAGCUACGGGCACUGCAUGGUGGCCCACCGUGACAACCUCUACGUCAUGCGCAACGGCCCCUACGACGACUUCUUGCGUUGUGUCAUUGACUGCUUCAACCUGACAUCGCGGCAGUGGAGUGCCCUGCCCGGGCAGUUCAUGAACAGCAAGGGAGCCCUCUUCACUGCUGUGGUCAGGGGUGACACCAUCUACACYGUCAACAAGAUGGCAACAGUCCUCUACUCGGUGGAAGAGGAGACCUGGAAGCAGAAGAAAGAGCGGGCAGGUUUCCCACGCAGCGGCUCCCUGCAGACCUUCCUCCUGCGGCUGCCGAGACGGGACCAUGACAUCGCCACGUAAUGUCACCAGUUCCAAAUCGGGGUGCUCUCCUUGCAYGUGGCCUCCACUC